UCAAAUGGCCAAACCUAUGCUACUCCUAACCCUCUCUCUCAAUCUAAUCCUCCUCACACAAAACAGAGUACUAAGUUGUGACAAACAAGAACAAAACUCUUUACUAUCAUUCAUUUCUUCUCAAUCACCUCCUCUCAACCUCAACUGGUCUCCCUCCUCCAACUGCUGCCAUUGGGAAGGCAUAGCUUGCACACCCGACGGCCGAGUCACGCGACUCUGGCUGCCGGGGAAAAACCUCACCGCCGCCUCUCUGUCUCUACCAAACCUCCCAUACCUAGCCCAUAUAAACCUCUCCCACAACCACCUCGCCGGCCUCCUCCCCUCCCUCCCGCCCCGCCUCCUCACACUCGACUUGAGCUUCAACGCCCUCACCGGCCCACUCAACCGCACCCUCCCCACCACCAUCCACACGCUAGACCUCUCAAGCAACCACUUCAAUGCCUCGUUCGAUCCCACCUUCCUUCUCCUCCGACCAUCUAAUUUGGCCAUCUUCAACAUCAGCAACAACGCCUUCACCGGCCCCAACCCUUCGUCCAUCUGCAACGUCUCCCAAUCCAUCAAAAUCUUGGAUUUCUCCGCGAAUCAAUUCACUGGCCCUAUAUCCCCUUCCAUCACCCAAUGCUCAAACCUUCUAGUCCUCAGAGGAGGCUCCAACUCCCUCUCAGGUCCACUGCCACGCGACCUUUACACCCUGACGAGUCUGCAAGAACUCUCCCUACCUAACAACCAACUCUCCGGGCCAAUCAACGACGCCAUUGCCAGCCUCUCCAACCUCGUUAUCCUAGAACUCCACGUCAACCAACUAACCGGCCCGAUACCUCAAAAUAUAGGGAUGCUUUCGAGACUCGAGCAACUCCAACUCCACUCCAACAACCUCAACGGCACAUUCCCACCAUCUCUAACAAACUCUACCAACCUCACCACUCUCCUCCUCCGCAACAACCUCCUCAACGGCCAAAUCUCCACGCUCGACUUCUCCAAACUCCAACGCCUACAAGCCCUAGACCUCGGAAACAACACCUUCACCGGCACCAUCCCCGACACCCUCUGCCUAUGCAAGUCCCUCACAGCGAUCCGCCUCGCGUUCAACGAGCUCAGCGGAGAAGUCCCUCCAUGCAUGGCCUCUUUAAAAAACCUCACACACCUCUCCCUCUCUGACAACCUCCUCUCCAACGCGGCCCGAGCCCUGACCACACUCAAACACAACCACAACCUCGCAGUCCUCUUCCUCUCCCGAUGCUUCCAUGAUGAAAUAGUGCCAGACGACGACGACCUCCUCGUCCCCGACACGUUCAAGAAUCUCCAAAUCCUCACCUUAGGAGGAUGCAAACUAACCGGCCAAAUCCCGUUCUGGAUCUCCAAACUAAAAAAGCUCAAAGUCCUCAACCUCUCAUUCAACAAAAUCCACGGCCCAAUCCCGGAAUGGAUAGGGACAAUGGACAGCUUGUACGUACUCAACUUAACCAAAAACUCAUUAACCGGAGAAAUACCACACAAAUUAACUCAGCUUCGGGCUCUAAUAUCCGACAACUCCAGCACGGAUUUGAGCCACCUCGCGCUGCCAUUCCUAUUCGACAGUCUCCAAUACAACCGCCUCUUCAACCUCCCCCGCGGGGUGAAGCUCGGGAACAACAGCCUCACCGGGAUCAUCCCGCCCGCGAUCGGGGAGCUGAGGCUCCUCCACAUUCUGGACCUCAGCAACAACAACUUGAGCGGAGGCAUUCCGGACUCGGUGUCGAAGCUAGAGAAUUUGGAGAAGCUCGACAUGUCGGGGAACGAGCUGACGGGGGAGAUUCCGGAGUCGUUGACGAAGCUGCAUUUCCUUUCGGCGUUUAGUGUUGCGGAUAAUGAUCUGGAGGGGGAGAUUCCGAAGGGGGGGCAGUUUGAGACGUUUGGAUUUGGCGCGUUUGAAGGGAAUCCGAGGCUGUGCGGUGAGGUGGUGAAUAGGAGCUGCGGCGGGGUUGGUUUUAGGCCGGCGGCGGCGGGGGAGGAAGAGGAAGGUGGUGGGAGUUUUUGGUGUGGUGUUCGGAUUCCUUUUGGGGUGGGGUAUUUUGUGGGAUUGGUUGCGGUUAGUGGUGUGGUUUUUUUCAAGAGUUGGUAGAGAGUGAUCAAUGAUGAAUUGGCCUCAUUUGAUUGGAUUUCUUCUACUACCUUUUUUUUGUCAAAUGAGAUAGUUGUAGGAGAGGAGGAUGUGGUGGUUGUAGGGUUGAUUUGUCGGAUUUGCAUCGAGAAACACGAGCGUCGUGCAAGAUGAAUUUGAGGUCGGGAUAUCAUCAGAUACGGGUGAUGGUGUAGGAUGUUCAACCUUUCAAUGCUCAUAAUGUUUUUUUUGUGUACAUAGUACUAUUGUGUUAUUACGAGUAUUGCAUCUUGUGUUUUUCUUUAGUUUUUUAUUUGAAAGGGUAUUAUUUCAGAGUGUUAGAUUUUGUGAA